CCUUCCUCUUCUUCCUCUGCCUCAUCUCCUCCCUCACUAUGGUAUGCCAUUACAAACCCUUCCUCCAAUCCGCUCUUGUCGGCCGGUGCAUCCCUGAUGAUCUUCGGAGCUGCUCUUUCCCUGGGCCGGAAAGGGCUGAUGCAGGGUGCUUCGCUGAUGCAGAGGCGCAUGCUAGUAAGCCUCGAGGUCCCAUCCAAGGACAAAGCUCACGGUUGGCUACUCACAUGGAUGGAGGAGCAGGCUCGUAGAGGACGAGAGCUUCCGCAGCUGACUGGCGUGCAGAGUCUGAUGGAUAUAGUCGGCGUGAGGCGGGGUAGAGGCGGUGCAGCCGGACAAGACGACCUCCCUCCUCCUGUGCGGAUACACUCCCGAGACCUAGCUGUGCAGACGACACUCCCCAGCGCUUCUACCUCACAAGCUCAACAGCAAGCAAUGACAAUAUCCGGACAGCCUCUUGCUCCCUCGUCCAACUCUCCGGGCACCUCGCGCAACACCAAGGCGCAAUUUUCCCUCGUGCCCGGUCCCGGUACUCAUUGGUUCCGCUACCACGGCGCCUGGAUCCGCUUGCAGCGUGAGCGCAACGGCAAGCUCAUCGACUUUACGACCGGCGCUCCUUGGGAGACGCUCACUCUCACCACUCUCUUCUCUUCGCGGGACGUCUUCCCGCGAUUGCUAGCUGAGGCACAGCAAAUGGCUGUUCAGUCCAUCGAGGGCAAGACGAUCAUCUAUACUGCCUGGGGUGUGGAGUGGCGCGCAUUUGGGCAGCCACGCAAAGUGAGAGAGCUAGACAGCGUGGUCCUCUCUGCGGGACAGAGAUCACGGAUAGAGGAGGAUGUCAAGUCUUUCCUCGGGAGGGGCGCUUGGUAUGCUCGGAGGGGAAUCCCCUAUCGACGUGGGUACCUCCUACACGGCUCUCCCGGCAGCGGCAAAACGAGCAUCAUCCAAGCCCUCGCAGGCGCGUUGGAUCUUAACAUCUGUCUGCUCAAUCUCUCCGAGCGCGGCCUCACCGACGACAAGCUCAACCACCUCCUCUCUCUCGCACCAGAGCGUUCCAUCCUCCUCCUAGAGGACAUCGAUGCUGCCUUCCCCUCUCGCAGCGCGAGCGAGGCCGAGGAACCAAAGAAGGAGUAUCAGACGUCGGUAACCUUCUCGGGUCUGCUCAAUGCGCUGGAUGGAGUUGCGUCGGGGGAGAGCAGGAUUGUCAUGAUGACUACUAAUCACGUAGAGCGAUUAGAUCCCGCUCUUAUACGGCCAGGCCGGGUGGAUCUGAUUGAGGAAUUGGGCGACGCAGACGAGGGGAUGGUGCAGGAGCUCUUCGAGAGAUUCUACGGAACCCUACAUGGCGAAGGGGCCGCAUCAGCUGCCAGCCAAGCUACUGGCACUGGCGUCGUUGCCGUCGAUGGGCAACCAGGGAACGCAGAACCUACACGGAGAGCUUCGCACGACGUCUCAUCAGAGGAAAUGCUCACUCUGACUGCCCGACUGACCAAAGCGGUAGAGAUCGUCUCGCAACUCCGUCGUCGUGAGCUCAAUCUCGAUCCCAGUGGGCCAACGGUGACGGCGCGCAAGAGCCGGACGAAAGCGGCCCCUUUGCCGGCAAAGCGGGGUGGGAUGAGCAUGGCGGAGCUGCAGGGUCUAUUCAUCAGGUAUCCUUCUGACCCGAGGGGCGCAGUGGAG